AUCCACAUAUUAUUAUAUCUGACUGAUUGAUCGAUAAUCUGUGUCGUUCUUUUAUCUCCACCCAUCCAUUUAUUUAAAUUAACCUCAAAACUAUAAUAGUAACUUGUUGAUAACUAAAUAUUAUAGAAUAAACUAGAAGAAGAGAUGGCGUUGCAAAUAAAGGCGAUGUACCUGUCAUACGUGGUGCACGUGCUGGGUGUGGUGGGUGCGGUUAUGGUUCUUGUUUGGAACAUCCAUUUUAGAGGCGGUUUAGCUUGGGAAUCCUCUAACAAGAAUCUUAUCUUCAAUGUUCAUCCUGUUCUGAUGCUUAUUGGUUUGAUCAUUAUGGGUGGUGAAGCCAUCAUAAGCUAUAAAGCUCUUCCAUUCAAGAAGGCCGAAAAGAAGCUUAUUCAUCUUAUUCUACAUGGUAUUGCCCUGAUACUCGGUAUUAUUGGAAUCUACAUGGCAUUCAAAAAUCACAACGAAAGUGGUAUUGCAAACCUUUACAGUUUGCAUUCGUGGCUUGGUAUUGGGAUCAUAUCUCUUUAUGGCAUUCAGUGGGUUUAUGGCUUUUUGGUGUUUUUCUACCCGGGUGGAAGCGGUGAUCUUAGAAGAGAUUCGCUUCCAUGGCACGCACUAUUUGGGAUGUUUGUGUACAUCCUGGCUGUUGCAAAUUCAGCACUCGGGUUUCUUGAGAAGCUAACGUUUAUGGAGAAUUCAGGCACUGACAAGUAUGGUACCGAGGCUUUUCUUGUCAACUUCACUGCCAUUGUUGCUAUUCUAUACGGCACCUUUGUAAUACUUACUGCACUUUCACGUUCCCCUGAGGAAGACCACCACAGCUAUUCCGCUAUAUAAAAAGUUUUUAUGUCCAAAUAUUGGUAUCUAUGAUAACGCGCCAGUCUGGUUUAUGUAUUGAUCGAACAUAUGACGGGUAAUGUAUGUGUUUGGUGAUUCAUUAUAUUAUGAUGUAUCUUACAUAGUAUACAGCAUUGCAGAUUGUAUAAUAUACUGCAGUAGAGUAAUUUCCCUUUGCACAUUGUGUCGAUUGUCAUGCCAAAUGAAGGCAGGGGUGUGUACCGCUAUUACACAUUGUGUCUAAGAUGUUUUUAGAGGGUGGUGUUGACUUA